AUGGGCUGGUGUGACUUCCAGAUGCUGCUGGUGGCCAUGGAAAUCACUGAUAAUGAAAUAUUAGAGUUGGUACAUAGUGCUCUGGGGAGGAUGACAGUUAUCCGGCAGAUUUUCCCUCUCUCAAGGGACAACAAUCAGAGAUGCAUGAGGAACAAUCACCGAAUAUCAUCUCUGCUGUGUGAUCCACAAGAAGGCUACCUUCAGAUGCUUCAGGUUUCCAACCUGUACCUGUAUGACAGUGUGCUCAUGCUGGCCAAUGCUUUCCACAGAAAACUGGAGGACAGGAAAUGGCACAGCAUGGCAAGUCUGAACUGCAUGAGGAAAUCCACCAAACCUUGGAAUGGAGGGAGAUCCAUGUUAGAGACUAUUAAGAAGGGCCAUAUAACUGGGCUUACUGGUGUCAUGGAGUUCAGAGAAGAUGGCGCCAACCCCUAUGUUCAGUUUGAAAUACUGGGCACUAGCUACAGCGAAACAUUUGGCAAAGAUGUGCGGAGGUUGGCAACGUGGGACUCUGAGAAAGGACUGAACGGUAGCCUACAAGAACGACGUCUGGGCAAUGACUUACAAGGAUUGACGCUCAAAGUGGUGACUGUCUUGGAAGAACCUUUUGUGAUGGUGGCAGAGAACAUACUUGGGCAGCCAAAACGAUAUAAAGGAUUUUCCAUUGAUGUCCUGGAUGCACUUGCCAAGAAUCUAGGCUUCAAGUAUGAGAUAUACCAAGCUCCUGAUGGCAAAUAUGGACAGCAACUCCAAAACAGCUCCUGGAAUGGCAUGAUUGGAGAACUCAUUAACAAGAGAGCAGACCUAGCCAUCUCAGCCAUCACUAUAACACCCGAACGAGAGAGCGUUGUGGACUUCAGCAAGCGAUACAUGGACUAUUCUGUGGGGAUCUUAAUCAAAAAGCCUGAAGAGAAAAUCAACAUCUUCUCUCUCUUUGCUCCUUUCGACUUCGCUGUGUGGGCUUGCAUCGCUGCAGCCAUCCCUAUAGUUGGGGUCUUGAUCUUUGUCUUGAACCGGAUCCAGGCAGUGAGGGCACAGAAUGCUUCCCAGCCAAGCCCUUCUGCCUCCUCCACCCUCCACAGUGCCAUCUGGGUUGUGUAUGGAGCCUUCGUUCAGCAAGGGGGCGAAUCUACUGUCAAUUCUGUGGCAAUGCGCAUUGUAAUGGGGAGUUGGUGGCUCUUCACCCUCAUCGUGUGCUCUUCCUACACAGCAAAUUUAGCAGCAUUUCUCACAGUAUCAAGGAUGGAUAAUCCCAUCAGAACAUUUCAGGAUCUGUCCAAACAAAUGGAUAUAUCUUAUGGUACAGUCAGGGAUUCAGCAGUGUAUGAAUACUUUAAAGCAAAAGGGACCAACCCUUUGGAGCAGGAUAACACGUUUGCUGAACUGUGGAGAACUAUCAGUAAGAAUAAUGGGGCAGAUAAUUGUGUAUCGAACCCUUCUGAAGGCAUCAGGAAGGCAAAGAAAGGAAACUAUGCUUUCCUGUGGGAUGUGACAGUGGUGGAAUAUGCUGCACUGACAGAUGAUGAAUGCUCUGUGACAGUCAUUGGAAACAGCAUCAGCAGCAAAGGAUAUGGGAUAGCUCUCCAGCAUGGAAGUCCCUACAGAGAUGUUUUCUCCCAGAGGAUCCUUGAGUUGCAAGAAAGUGGAGAUUUGGAUGUUCUUAAACAGAAAUGGUGGCCACGGAUGGGACGUUGUGACCUGAAUAGCCAUACCAAUGCACAGACAGAUGGGAAGGCACUCAAGCUUCACAGUUUUGCAGGCGUUUUCUGCAUUUUAGCAAUAGGCCUUCUUCUUGCUUGCUUGGUGGCAGCAUUGGAGUUGUGGUGGAACAGCAACCGUUGUCAUCAAGAAACACCGAAAGAGGACAAAGAAGUGAAUCUGGAGCAGGUCCAUAGACGCAUGAACAGUUUAAUUGAUGAAGACAUAGCACACAAGCAAAUCUCUCCAGCAUCCAUUGAAAUCUCAGCCUUGGAGAUUGGUGGCAUGCAGCCAGCUCAGACCCUGGAGCCGGUACGCGAAUACCAGAACACGCAACUUUCUGUCACCACCUUUUUACCAGAACAGACAACUCAUGGUGCCAGCAGGACACUCACAGCUGCCUCUGGCAGCAACCUGCCACUGCCCCUGAGCAGCUCAGCCACCAUGCCCUCCAUACAGUGUAAACACAGGUCACCAAAUGGAGGACUAUUUCGUCAGAGUCCCGUGAAAACCCCAAUCCCAAUGUCAUUCCAGUCUGUGCCGGGGGGAGUCAUUCCAGAAGCAAUGGAGCCCUCACAUGGAACAUCCAUAUGA